UCCUUUCCAUUCCCUCCAACUCAACCCCAUUCUCUCUGGAGUCUUGCUGGUCAAAAAAUAUCCUCAAAAAAGGAAAAGAAAAAAGAACUAGGGUUUACGCUCCAUGGAGGUCGAAGCCCAGACCUCGGCCGCCGCGGCGGCGGCCGGCGACGAGCUCCGGUCGCUCCUCUCCGCCACCCUGAGCCCCGACAAGGCGGCGGUGGACGCCGCCACGGAAGGGCUCUCCAGGAUCGCCGCCUCCUCCGACCCCCGCUUCCCCAUCUCCCUCCUCGCCGUCGCCGCAGCUGAUGGGGACCAAGGAACAAAAGUUGCUGCAGCAACAUACUUGAAGAAUUACACACGCCGAAAUAUUGACUGGGGGUUGUCAUCACCUGAGCUUUAUAAAGAGUUCCGUGAUCGGCUCGCCCAGGCGUUGCUUCAAGUGGAACCUUUCCUUCUUCGAGUAUUGAUUGAAGUUUUCCGCCAAGUCAUAGAAAAAGAUUUUGUCAAGGAAAAUUUGUGGCCUGAACUUGUCCCCCAGUUGAAGCAAGUGAUCCAGAGCAGCAAUAUAAUAAGUCCAGGCCAGCAUCCUGAAUGGAAUACUAUCAACGCACUCACAGUACUUCAAUCUGUUGUUAGGCCCUUCCAGUACUUCUUGAACCCCAAAGUAGCAAAAGAGCCUGUUCCACCACAAUUGGAGCAAAUCGCAUCUGAGAUUCUUGUACCACUACAAGUGACAUUCCAUCACAUUGCUGACAAGGUUCUGUUGUCACAUGAUGAGACUAAUCUGGAAUACGAGCAACUCCUACUCAUCACGAGCAAGUGCAUGUAUUUCACUGUUAGGUCAUACAUGCCAUCUAGGGUAAAGCAGAUUUUGCCUUCCUUUUGCAAAGACAUGUUCCGCAUACUAGAAUCACUGGAUUUCAACAGUCAAUAUGAAGAUAGAGCCACAACAAGGCUCAAGACUGCAAAGAGAUGCCUCAUCAUACUUUGCACACUUGUUACUCGUCACCGGAAACAUGCUGACGACCAGAUGGCACAUAUAGUCAACAGCGCAACCAGAAUAUCAAGUCAAAGCAUUCAUUUACAUAAACUCGGCCCUCUCUCUGAUCGGAUCAUUUCAUUGUCAUUUGAUGUAAUUUCUCGUGUUCUGGAGACAGGCCCUGGAUGGCGACUUGUUUCACCACAUUUUUCUUCACUUCUGGAUUCAGCAAUUUUUCCAGCUUUAGCAUUAAAUGAAAAGGAUAUAACAGAGUGGGAAGACGAUACUGAUGAGUACAUGCGGAAAAAUCUACCUUGUGAACUUGACGACAUUUCAGGAUGGGCUGAGGAUUUAUUCACAGCAAGAAAAAGUGGUAUCAAUUUACUUGGUGUUAUAGCCCUAUCGAAGGGCCCACCAGUUGUAUCUGCAGCUUCUAAGCGUAAGAAAGGUGAUAAAAGUAAAGGAAAAGGAGAAAGGAGCUCCAUUGGGGAGUUAUUGGUUAUACCAUUCCUGUCAAAAUUUCCUAUACCUCCCCAGGGGGAAGAUGUGUCAUCAAAGGCAGUGCAGAAUUAUUUCGGUGUUCUAAUGGCAUUUGGGGGCCUCCAAGAUUUUCUGACUGAGAAAAAAGAUUUGACAAAUACAAUCAUUAGGAAUCGUAUUCUUCCACUGUAUUCCCUGGAUCCAUGCAGUCCAUAUUUGAUUUCUGCAGCAAACUGGAUUAUUGGACAGCUUGCGUUGUGCCUACCAGAGGCCAUGAGCACAAAUAUUUAUCAUUCAUUAAUGAAGGCAUUGACGAUGGAGGAUUUUGAUGAGUUGAGCUGUUAUCCUGUUCGUGCUUCUGCUUCUGGUGCCAUUGCAGAACUCAUUGAGAAUGGUUAUGCUCCUCCUGAUUGGCUUGUCCUUUUACAAGUGGUGAUGAAAAGGAUAAGCGUUGAAGAUGAAAAUGAGUCUACUCUUUUGUUUCAGCUUCUGGGCACAAUAAUCGAGUCUGGCCAAGAAAAAGUUUUGCCUCACAUUCCUGAAAUUGUAUCUAACAUAGCCAAUACCAUAAUGAAGCUAUUGCCCCCUGUGCCAGAUCCCUGGCCUCAGGCUGUUGAACGGGGUUUUGCUGCACUGGUAUCGAUGGCUCAAGCUUGGGAAAGCUCUGCACCAGAUGAAAACAAGGACAUUGAAAUGAGGGUCUGGCAGUCAGGCCAGUUUGCUAUCGCCCAAACAUUUUCGCAUGUGUUACAAAAGGCUUGGUUGCUUCCAGUUGAGCAAAUGGGGUUAUCUGUUUGCUCUUCAUUGCCACCUCUGUCAUGUGUAAAUGAUGCUUCUAUUUUACUUGAGUUCAUUAUGAGGUCUAUCACCUCUAUGGAAGAAACUGCAAGUAUGAAGGUGUUUGAGCUAGUAGCUAUAUGGGCUGACAUAAUUGCUUGUUGGGAUUCUUGGGAGGAAAUGGAGGAUCAGGGAAUUUUCAAUACAAUCAAAGAAGCUGUUAACUUCCAUCAAAACUUUGAUUCUACUGGUUUCUUCCUGAAAAUACUCCCUUCCCGAUCUGAAAAUAGUUCACAAAGUUCAGUCAUUAGUUGGGUUUCUAGUUUUAUAACCAGGGCCAUUGAAGCUUACCCAUCUGCAACAUGGAGGGCAUGUUCAUGCAUGCAUACACUGCUGCACACUCCUAAUUUCUCUCUUGGAGCAGAAGAUACUAGAAUGACUCUUGCUGUAUCCUUUGCGCAAGCAGCAUUCUCCCGUUUCAAGUCUGUAUCUGACAGCCCUUCUGGGAUAUGGAAACCACUAAUACUAGUCAUUUCGUCAUGCUACAUAUGCUACCCUGAUGCUAUUGAGCAACUCUUACGCAAAUAUGACAGUAACGGUUAUGCGAUAUGGGCAUCUGCAUUAGCACAAAUCUCAAGUAGCUCUUUCAAUCCUGGCUUGUCAUCUGAAUCCGAGAUCAAACUAGCUGUGUUAACGUUAGCAACUGUAAUUGAGCGUCUUUUGGCCCUUUCUACGGGUGGCACCAAACUGUUGCAUGAUUGCUGUGUAUCAUUGAUGGAGUCUUGCAUCCAUCUGAAGGAAGUUCAAGAGGAUGGGGAUGAUGGUGAUGGUGCAGAAGAUCUUGAUGAUGAUGAUGAAGAGGAGGAAGACACCGAUGAAGAUGAUGAGGAUUCGGAUGAUGAUGAUGAUGUACGCGAAGAGACAGAAGAGGAAUUUCUUCAAAGAUAUGCAGCGGCUGCCGCUGGUGAAUCAAUUGAAAUUGUUGAGGACGGUGACAUUGAUGAUGAAACCCAAGACAUUGAAUUGGGUUCCCUGGAUGAAAUGGACGUACAACAAGUGGUUCUUUCGAUGAUGAAGAUUCGUCCUGAUCUCAUUCGCGCUCAAACAUUUCCGGAUGGCCUAAUGGAGAGAAUGGCAGAAACGUUUCCUGAAUAUGAACAGUUGGUCCAUGUUCAUCGGCAAGCCUUGGCGAUACUACAAUAGACUAGUGUGCAGCCUUGUUAUUUAUUGUUUCUAGUUUCUUUUUUUUUAACUUGUAAUAUAUUUAUCUGUGUGUUUAUAUAUUUGUAUGGAAUGGUUGGCCGAUUAUUUUUUAUGGUUAAGGCGAUUAUUAACUAUAUUUUGUGAUUUGGAUCGGAGUAAUCUGGCGGGCAUGAUCUUUUAGGGAGUUCAAGGGUAGUACCAUGAGCAACACAUGGGUUUGCUUCUUGGUUCCUACAACUGUACUUCACUGAGUAGUAUGUAAGCUCCUUGGGAGAUGUCAUGCUUGCAGUACUAAAGAAAGAUUUAGCACAACUUUAUUGAACUUAUAGCAUUAUUAUUUUGUCUA